GGCCGCCCCGAGACGCCAGCCCCGCCGAGUGAUGAGAACAGACGUCAAACUGCCUUAUGAAUAUUGAUGCGGAGGCUAGGCUGCUUUCGUAGAGAAGCAGAAGGAAGCAAGAUGGCUGCCCUUUAGGAUUUGUUAGAAAGGAGACCCGACUGCAACUGCUGCAUUGCUACAAGGCUGCGGGACGAGAACGAGGCUGGCCAACAUUCAGCAGCAGACCCUCUCAAGAUUGUUUACUUGCCCUUGUUCCUGUUGAGUUGCCACGCUUGGAAGCAGGAGAUGGGCUUUGCGACAGCCAACAGGCCAUGAUCCAGGAGGAGCAGUGAGGGAUAGAGCUGCUGGAUUCACUCGGAGGGCAGCCUUGUGGAUGGCCCCGAAGCAAGCCUGAUGGAACAGGACAGAACCAGUCAUGUUGAGGGCAACAGACUAAAUCCAUUCCUGACACCAUCUCCUUCUCCCAUUUGCCAGACAGAACCUCUGGCUAUAAAGCUCCAGAAUGGAAGCCCAUUAACAGAGAGACCUUAUCCAGAAGUCAAUGGAGACACCAAGUGGCAGUCUUUCAACAGUUCUUAUGGAAUACCCCAUAUGAAGGGAAGCCAGAACAGUCGUGUGAGUCCGGACUUUAUACAAGAAGGCAGGGGGUAUUCCAAGUGUUUGCAGAAUGGAGGAAUAAAACGCACAGUCAGUGAACCUUCUCUCUCUGGGCUCCAUCAGAACAAGAAAUUGAAACAAGAUCAAAAGGCCAAUGGAGAAGGAAAGAACUUCGGGGAAAGCCAAGAAAAAAAUCCAGACAAAGGCAGCAGUCAACCAAAUGUCUCCAAUUCGAAUGAUACGAGAGAAUCUGUAAGCUCUGUGGCCCCAGAAAAUGCAGUUCAAGAUCUCACCAGUUUCUCAACACAUAACUGUAGUGGGUCUGAAAAUCCAGAGCAUCAGAUUCUGAAUGAGCAGGAGGGAAAAAAUGCUAACUACCAUGACAAGAACAUUAUAUUACUUCUUAAAAACAAGUCAGUGCUAAUGCCUAAUGGUGCUACAGUUUCUGCCUCUUCCAUGGAAAACACACAUGGUGAACUCCUGGAAAAAACACUGUCUCAAUAUUAUCCAGAUUGUGUUUCCAUUGCGGUGCAGAAAACCACAUCUCACACACAUGCCGUUACCAGCCAGGCUACCGAUGAGUUGUCCUGUGAGAUCACUCACCCAUUGCAUACCUCAGGGCAGACCAAUUUCCCGCAGACCUCGAACUCGGAGCUGCCUCCAGAGCCAGCUGCAGUGGUGACUGAGGCCUGUGACGCUGACAGUGUCAGUAAACCAGCGGCAAUGCUAGGUACCUGUUCCUUUCAGAAACCAGAACAAGACUCGGUUUUCGAGAUACACCCGUCUCCUGUAGAAAACAGUACCAUCCAAGGAACCACAAAGCUAGUGUCUGGUGAAGAAUUCUCUGCAGGUUCCAGCAGCAAUUUGCAGGCUGCUGGUGGCAGCUCUGAACGGUAUUUCAAGCAAAAUGAAAUGAAUGGUGCUUACUUCAAGCAAACCUCAGUGUUCACUAAGGAUUCCUUUUCUGCCACUAUCACACCACCGCCAUCACAGUUGCUUCUUUCUCCCCCUCCUCCUCUUCCGGAGGUUCCCCAGCUUCCUUCAGAAGGAAAAAGCACUCUGAAUGAUGGUGUUUUGGAAGAACACCAUCAUUAUCCCAACCAAAGUAAUGUAACUCUUUUAAGGGAGGUGAAAAUAGAGGGUCAACCUGAAGCACCACCAUCCCAGAGUCCUAAUCCAUCUACAUAUGCAUCCAACUCCUCUCUGGCACUUCCAGAAAGGCUUCAGAAUAAUUGUGUUAACAAGAAUGACCUACGGACUCCUGGGCCAAUGACUAUUCCAUUGUGUUCUGAGAAAACAAGACAAAUACUAGACCAUCCCAAGCAUAACCCAUCAAGUCUUGGUAUGAGUGGAGUUCCGCGGGACCUCUGUCAGCAGCUGGUGGGACACAACGAACAAGAGAUUCUGAAGGGUCGAGACAAGCGACAAACACUAGAUCUUGUGCUCCCAACACAGCCCCAACUGAAACCAGGAUGGAUUGAAUUGAAGGCCCCUUACUUUCAUCAAGCAGAAUCUCAUCUAAAAUAUAAUAGAGCAUCAAUGCGGUCAGUUCUUCAGUAUCAAUCCAACUCUUCCAAUCAAAUGACCUCCAAACAAUACACUGGAAAUUCCAACAUGCCCGGGGGGCUCCCAGGGCAAGCUUACAUCCAGAAAAUGGUGCAGCCAGAGCAGAGGCCACAAAGGUACCAAGUUGACAUGAAUCAAGGGCAGUCUCCAGGUACAGUGGACCAGCAUCUCCAGUUCCAAAAACCCUCACUCCAGGUGCACUUCCCCAAGACAGACCCUUCCCUCGAAGCUCACGUGCAGUCGCUUUGUACCCCGAAAUUUCAUUUUCAACAAAGACCAGAUCCCCACACUGAGAAACUCGUGCCCUCAUCAUUAAAGCAGCACUUGAAUCAGCAGGCUUCAGAGACUGAGCCCUUCUCAAACUCAAACUCACACCUUUUGCAACAUAAGCCUCAUAAGCAGGCAGCACAAACACAGACUUCCCAGAAUUCACAUCUCCCUCAAAACCUGCAGCAGCAGCAAAAAUUACACAUGAAGAAUAAAGAACAAAUUCCCCAUACUUUUUCUCAUCCCUCAGGCAACAGUGAUCAGCAAAGAGAAGGCUCCUUCUUUAGUCAGAUUAAAGUGGAAGACUGCUUUCAUGGUGAAAAUCAGUAUUCAAAAUCAAGUGAGUUUCAGACUCAUGACACCCAAAUGCGAUCAGAGCACAUACAGACUAUGAAUAGUAGAAAUCCCGCCUAUGGUCAGAUCUUGAAAUCAAGUGCAAGCAAAGUACAGAUGUCCUGUGCAAACAACAUUCACCUAGUUUCAGAGAAUACAGAACAGACUAUAAAUCCUGAAAUUUUUGCAGGAAACAAGACCCCAAACUUGCAUCACAUGCGGUAUUUUCCAAAUAAUGUGACCCCAAAGCAAGAUGCUCUCCACAGGUGCUUUCAAGAACACGAACAGAAGCCUCAACAAGCUUCAGUUCUACAGGGAUAUAAAAGUAAAGACCAAGGUGUGUCUGGUCAACAAGCUACACAACUCACUCAGCAAAGGUGCCUGAUGCACAAUCGAGCAAACGCUUUCGCUGUGCCCGACCAAGGAGGAGGUCACCUUCAGGCCCCUCCCCAAAAGGACAUUCAAAAGCACGCUGCUCUCAAGUGGCACCUCUUACAGAAGCAAGAGCAGCAGCAAAACCAACAACCCCAAACCGAGCCUUGCCAUAAUCAGGCACACAGGCCCAUUAAGGUUGAACCUGGAUCCAAGCCCCAUGCCUGUAUGCACCCCAAGUCAGCACAGCCAGAAAACAAGAUGUGGAAAAAGAUAACUAAGCAAGAGAUUCCACCUCCGAGCUGUGAUAAUGUGCAGCAGAGGAGCAUUCUUGAGACCAUGGAGCAACAUAUGAAGAAGUUUCAGGUCAAAUCUUUAUUUGACCAUAAGGCUCUUACUCUCAAAUCACAGAAGCAAGUAAAAGUUGAAAUGUCAGGGCCAGUCACGGUUUUAACUAGACACACCACUGCUGCAGAACUCGAUAGCCACACCCCAGCUUUAGAGCAGCAGGCAACUCCUUCUUCCGAAAAGACACCAACCAAAAGAACAGCUGGUUCUGUUCUCAAUAAUUUUUUAGAGUCACCUUCCAAAUUACUAGAUACGCCUAUAAAAAAUUUAUUGGAUACACCUGUCAAGACUCAGUAUGAUUUCCCCUCAUGCAGAUGUGUAGAGCAAAUUAUUGAAAAAGAUGAAGGUCCUUUUUAUACCCAUCUAGGAGCAGGUCCUAAUGUGGCAGCUAUUAGAGAAAUCAUGGAAGAAAGGUUUGGACAGAAGGGUAAAGCUAUUAGGAUUGAAAGAGUCAUCUAUACUGGUAAAGAAGGCAAAAGUUCUCAGGGAUGUCCUAUUGCCAAAUGGGUGGUGCGCAGAAGUGGCAUUGAGGAGAAGCUACUCUGUUUAGUGCGGGAGCGAGCUGGCCACACCUGUGAAGCUGCCGUGAUUGUGAUUCUCAUCCUGGUGUGGGAAGGCAUCCCACUGUCCCUGGCGGACAGACUCUACUCGGAGCUCACCGAGACGCUGCGCAAGUACGGCACGCUCACCAACCGGCGCUGUGCCCUGAAUGAAGAGAGAACCUGUGCCUGUCAAGGGCUGAACCCAGAGACCUGCGGUGCCUCCUUUUCUUUUGGUUGUUCGUGGAGCAUGUACUACAAUGGAUGUAAGUUUGCCAGAAGCAAGAUACCAAGAAAAUUUAAGCUGCUUGGGGAUGACCCAAAAGAGGAAGAGAAACUGGAGUCUCAUUUGCAAAACCUGUCUACUCUUAUGGCACCAACAUACAAGAAGCUUGCACCUGAUGCAUAUAAUAAUCAGAUUGAAUAUGAACACAGAGCGCCAGAGUGCCGCCUGGGUCUGAAGGAAGGCCGUCCAUUCUCAGGGGUCACUGCGUGUUUGGACUUCUGUGCUCAUGCCCACAGAGACUUGCACAACAUGCAGAAUGGCAGCACCUUGGUGUGCACCCUCACUAGAGAAGACAAUCGAGGAGUUGGAGGGAAACCUGAGGAUGAGCAGCUCCACGUUCUGCCCCUUUACAAAGUCUCUGAUGUGGAUGAGUUUGGGAGUGUGGAAGCGCAGGAGGAGAAGAAACGAAAUGGUGCUAUUCAGGUGCUGAGUUCUUUUCGGCGGAAAGUCAGGAUGUUGGCAGAGCCAGUGAAGACGUGCCGACAAAGGAAACUAGAAGCCAAGAAAGCUGCAGCUGAAAAGCUUUUUUCUCUGGAGAGCAGUGCAAAUAAGAACGAAAAGGACAAGUCCGCCCCAUCCCGUACAAAGCAGAAUGAAAAUGCAACUCAGGCUAAACAGUUGGCAGGACCAGUCAUGCAGCUGUCCCAGCAGCCCCAGCUCCAGUCACAACCCCAACAACUACAGAAGCAACCUCCGCAGCCGCAGCAGCUGCAGCAGCCGCAGCAGCCCCAGCAGCCGCCCCAGCAGCCCCAGCAGCCGCCACCACCCCAGCAGCCGCCACCGCCCCAGCAGCCGCCACCGCCCCAUCAUCCCGUGACUAAUAACCAUCAGUCAGAGGCUGUCAACUCUUACUCUUCUUCUGGAUCCACCAAUCUAUAUAUGAGACGGCCCAAUCCACUUAGUCCUUAUCCAAGCUCUUCACACACUUCAGAUAUUUAUGGAAGUGCCAACUGUAUGAACUUCUAUUCCACCUCACCCCAGACAGCGGGUUCAUAUUUGAAUUCUUCUAAUCCCAUGAACCCCUACCCUGGGCUUUUAAAUCAGAAUAACCAAUAUCCAUCAUAUCAGUGCAAUGGAAAUGUAUCAAUGGACAACUGCUCCUCGUAUCUGGGUUCUUACUCUCCCCAGUCCCAGCCCAUGGAUAUAUAUAGGUAUCCAAACCAAGACACUCUCUCUAAACUAAACCUAUCGCCCAUCCAUCCACUUUACCAGCCAAGGUUUGGAAAUAGCCAGAGUUUUACUUCCAAGUACUUAAGUUACGGAAACCAAAAUAUGCAGGGAGAUACCUUCAGCAGUUGUACUAUUGGGCCAAAUGUACACCAUAUAGGGACAUUCCCUCCUUAUUCCGUGCAUGAGAUGGAUGGCCACUUCAUGGGAGCCGCCUCUAGACUACCGCCCAAUUUGAGCAGCCCAAACAUAGACUAUAAAAACGGUGGACAUCACCCGUCUUCUCACAUACUCCACAACUACAGCGCAGCUCCAAGCAUGUUCAGCAGCUCUUUCCACGCCCUGCGUCUCCAAAACAAGGAGAAUGACAUGCUUUCCCACACGGCUAAUGGGUUGUCUAAGAUGCUUCCGGGGCUUCACCACGACAGAACCGCGGCUCUCCAGGAAGGCUCACACCGAUUGCACGAUGCGAGCGGUCAGGAAAAGCAGCCUUCCGCUCCGGAGGAAAACGACGAGGUCUGGUCAGACAGUGAGCAGAACUUCCUGGAUCCUGACAUUGGGGGGGUGGCGGUGGCUCCAACGCAUGGGUCAAUCCUCAUCGAGUGUGCAAAGCGCGAGCUUCACGCCACCACGCCCCUCAAGAACCCCAACAGAAACCACCCCACCAGGAUCUCUCUCGUCUUUUACCAGCACAAGAGCAUGAAUGAGCCAAAACAUGGCUUGGCACUCUGGGAAGCCAAAAUGGCAGAAAAAGCCCGCGAGAAAGAAGAAGAGUGUGAAAAGUACGGCCCGGAUUAUGUGCCUCAGAAAACCCACGGCAAAAAAGUGAAGCGGGAGCCCACUGAGCCGCAUGAACCUUCCGAGCCCACUUACCUGCGCUUCAUCAAGUCCCUUACCGAAAGGACCAUGUCCGUGACCACAGACUCCACAGUAAAUACAUCUCCAUAUGCCUUCACUCGGGUCACAGGGCCUUACAACAGAUAUGUAUGAUGUCACCCCUUGUGUUGGUUACCUCAUUUGAAAAGACCACAACCAACCUGCCCAAAGUAUAGUUCACAUGACAUGGGCCAAGGGGAAGGGACACAGUAUUCAUGACAAAUGUGGUAGGAAGAACCUCAGCUCACCAGCAAAAAAAGAGGUCAUCUUACCAUAGCACUUAAUUUCCACUGACUCGAAAGUGGUCACAGAUGGCAUCUAGGCAAAAGACCAAAGCAUUCUAUGCAAAACGAAGGUGGGGAAGAGAGUGUUCCACAAUUUACAUUUUUAAACACUGGUUCUCUUAUUGGACGAUGUGAUAUGUAAAUGGGACUUUUCCCCCCCCUUACAACUCUACGCAUCUGUGACCACUUCUAGUAAUACAAAGUUUGCAUAGUCAUGGACACAAAUCAAACAAGUACUGUAGUAUUACAGUGGCAGGAUUCUUAAAUACCAUCUGGUGCUGAACAUGAUGUACUGAAUAACUGAAAUUAUGGCUUUUUAACAUGCAGUUUUUACUGUAAUCUUACCUUUUAUUUAUCAAAAUAGCUACAGGAAAGAUAAAUGAAUAGACAGCAAAACACUGAAUUUGUUUGGAUGUUCUAAGAAAUGGUGCUAAAAAAAAAAAUGGUGUCUUUUAAAGUUGAAAAUGUAAUGCCUUUAUAUCAUCCAGUUGCUAUCAGUGAACUCCAGUGCCCUUGAAUAACAGGGGUACCUUUUCAUUCAAGUUUUUAUUAUAAUUAGCUAUUCUUACACAUGCUGUUUUUAAAAUGUGGACAUUUUAAAGGUUCUGGAUUUUGCUCAUCCAGUGAAGUCCUUGUAGGACAAUAAACUUAUAUAUGUACAUAUAUAUAUACACACACAUAUGUAUAUGUGCACAUACAUGUAUAUGUAUAAAUAUUUUAAAUGGUGUCUUAGAAGCACUUUGCCUACCUAAGCUUUGAUAACUUGAACAAUGCUAAGGUACUGAGACGUUUAAAAAAGAAAAAAAAGUUUACUUUCAUUUUAUAAUGAAAAGUUGAUUUUUUUUUUUUUUUUUAAGGAAAGGAAAACUUUUAAAAUAUUUUUGUUUUUAGCCAUGCAUCUGCUGAUGAGCAAUGUGUCCAUUUUUGAUACAGCCAGUUAAAUCCAAAAGGGGGCUUACUGGAUUCAAGGGAAUGCGUUAAUUCAUAAAACAUGUUUUCUGUUGCUCAUCUCACAUGCUACACUGUAAAAGUUUUAUACAAAAUCAUAUGGCAAGUUCGUGGCUCAAUACGUAGUUUUAAGAAUUUUCUAUCGACUGCAGUAAUGAUUAACUGUGUGCCACAGACUCAACCAAGCUGUUCAUGUCCGCAAAGCAAUUUUACGGAUCUGUGUGCUCUUCGGCGAACUGAAUGUCCAUCUGCCUUUGUGUUGAUCGUUGUACAUGGCGAUGUUGUCAUUUCUUAGCUUAAGUGUCCUCGUUCCCAGGAAGACCCAGCAAACUGAUGCUUGCAUAAGAUGAAUAAACAGGGUUAGUUCCAUGUGAAUCUGUUAAUUAAAAGGAAAAAAGAAAACAGGCAGCUGGUUUGCUGUGGUGGUUUUAAAUCAUUAAUUUGUAUAAAGAAGAAGUAAAAGAGAUGUAUAGUAAGUAAAUUAAUUGUAAACAAAAGUUUUUUAA